AAUUUUAUUAAAAAAAAGUUUUUUUUUCAGUAUUUGACAAUUGAUUGAAAUUAAGUGUUCACUGAAUGUAAUCAUUGAUUGUAACCAUUGAUUGUGACCAUCGAUGGCAAGAGUACUGAGAAUUAGUCGACAGGAAGUUCUUAAAAGAACACAGAUAUCAGGUCUUCAUUUGAUGAGUGAAGCCGUGUCUGUCAUUCAAAACGAAUUGGUGACCGCAUUCCCGCCGUUUGCGUCCAUCGAUGAGUUCAUCAAAUUAUUUAUAGAUAUAUUAGUCAAAGAUUACAAACUCAACUCAAUUCUUGUGGACAAACAAAUAGCCCAACAAGUGAUUGAUGAGAUCAGAGAGAGACGCAUCACUUCAGGCACUGGCAAUGAAUUGGUCGUUAAGAAUGUAGUCAAAAGUGAGGACAACGUGAAGAAGACAUAUUUGAAACAUUUAUCUCUUUUAAGACAACAUCUGGAAAAACAUCCAAUAUUUCAGUCGAGAGAGUUCACACUAUCACCUAUUGAUAACUUAAUUACUUUAGAUAAAGACUUGGAGGUCGAGUGCAUUGUUUACGGCUUUCUCUAUAAGGAUAAGACUAAAAUUGAUUCCGAGUUUUACAUCGAAGACAAUACUGGAAAAGUGCCGAUUGUUUUCAGCGAAGACACGCAAUUCAAAGAUGAUUUGAUUCCUUCAAACAGUUUUGUUUUAGUCGAAGGAUCGUAUGAUUCAGCGAAAGACACACUCUUUGCCGAUUCAGUCGGACACACAUCCCCUGCAAAUCUUCAAGAAAACAUCGAUUUGUCCAAUAGUUUGGAAAGAGUUGGACGAAUGGUUGUUGUUGUGAGUGAUAUUCAUUUGGAUGACAAACAAACUUUGGAUAAAUUAAAGACUAUGUUAACCGGUUAUGACUCAAUGGUUCCCAUUCCCGAUCUUUUUAUAUUUGUCGGUCCAUUUGUGUCCCAAACUUGUCAAGACAUCACUAUAUUUAAAAAUCACAUGAAAAACUUAGUUAAACUAAUAGCAAAAUUUAACAAAAUUAGUCGAUUAUCUCAAUUUAUAUUUGUUCCCGGAUUUCAUGAUAACGAAGGCAAUGAUCUCCCGAAGCCUGCAUUUACUGUUGAUAUGUUUCCCACGUCAACAACAAAGUUAGCAAAUUAUCAUUUGGCCACAAAUCCAGUUAACAUUUAUAUUGAUAACCGACACAUAUGUUUGGCAGCAUUUCCUUAUAUGUCACGAUUGGAGCAAAAUAUAAUAAAUGAUAAUUGCGAUGACACACAACAAUUAGGAUCAUCUAUAAUCAAAUUGAUUUCAUCCAAUGGUCACCUGUCCUCCGGUCUGAGCCGCCAUUACGAGAGUUGUCUCUCUGUAUUUCAUAUCCCAGACUUUAUCAUUUUAUUUGAUAGUGAUAUGAAUGAAGCAAUGGAUAGUAAAGCCUAUGAUUAUUCACAUUUGUUGGUUUUGCCAUCAUUUUCCUCACAACAGUUCAAAUUCAAAGUGUUUUAUACUGAACCCAAACAUCACGAUUCAUCUCAAAUACUAUCAUAAAUGCAGUUAUUUGUUGUAA